AAUCAAUAAAUUGAAGUCUCAAUCCUAUUUAGAUGAAAAAGAAUCACUGAAGAUGAAAAAAUAUAACUCCACUUCACCAAAAUUAUACGGUCUCAGAAAAGUCCACAAACCCAAUUUAAAUAUAAGACCAAUUGUAAGUUGUAUAAACUCACCUUCUUACAACAUAUCAUGUUUUAUACACCAGAUUAUGAGUCAGGUAACGUCAACUUCUCCGUACAACGUCAAAAAUUCGUUCGAGUUCGUUUCUCUUGUUAAAACAGUUUCUGUCCCGGAGGGUUAUUGUCUGAUUUCCUUAGAUGUCAUCUCAUUGUACACUAACGUCGUCAAAGACUUAACAGUUAAAAUAGUGAAAAAACGGUGGAAAUACAUCUCGGCCUUCACUAACAUACCGAAAACACUGUUCCUGGAAAUGAUUGUAUUUAUUUUCACGUCCAGCUACUUUAAGUUUAAUAAUGAGUAUUAUAGGCAAAUUGAUGGAAUGGCUAUGGGUAACCCAGCUAGUCCAUCCAUAGCAAAUUUAGUAUUGACAGAACUCAUACAAGAGUGUAUAAACCAACUAUCAUUUUGGGUUCCAGUUAUAGCAUUGUAUGUGGAUGAUUUGUUCUUGAUUGUUCCCGCGAACAAAUGUCGUGAACUCUUGACCGCAUUCAAUCAAUUUCAUCCCCGCCUUCAAUUCACUCUAGAGAUGGAGAAAGACAAUUCUUUGCCCUUUUUGGAUGUUGUCGUACACAGGAGAGAGGAUGGCUCCUUGAUAACUAACUGGUACAGAAAGCCAACAAGUUCAGGACGAAUUUUGAACUAUAAUUCGUAUUGCAGUUUCGCAUAUAAAAUUUCCGCCGUUAAAAACCUAAUAUAUAGAUCAAUUAAUUUGAGUGACCGUUCGUUCCACAAUGACAAUCUAAAAGUGAUAAGAGAAAUAUUAAAGCUCAACAACUACCCUAAGUCACUUAGUAAUAAAAUAAUUUCGAGUACGAACUUGGUCAGUGGACCUUCGGGUUCAGACAGCGUAGACGUGAUAGGCAGAAUGACAUGUUUCAAGUUUCCAUACAUCGAGGGACUUAGCAACCCGAUAAAGAAUUUAAUCAGGGGUGCUUCUGAAAACGUGAAAUUGGCAUCAUACAGCCUUUCGGUUUGUGGUUCGUUAUUUUCGAGACUGAAAGAUGUUGACACCGUUCUGGACCGCAGUGAAGUAAUAUAUAAGAUACCCUGCAUGAAUUGCCACAAAUGCUAUAUAGGUCAAACGAAACAACUUCUUGGAAAUAGAAUAAAACAGCACAAAUAUAACUGUAACGAAAGUUUUAAAUCCAAGGAUAAUAACACAGCCCUUGCAACUCAUCAUUUCAGUGAACACCACAAUUUCAAUUUUCAGGCAGCCUCCAUUUUAGACGUAGAAAGUAAUUGGAUGAAAAGAAAUAUAAGUGAAAUGAUAUACAUAAAAUUGAACAAUACUGUAAAUUGUCGCACUGACACCCAGAACUUGAGCUUGGUAUACACUGGCAUUUUGGACCUUUUCAAAAAUAAAUACCCAACUAGAUAAUUUCAAAACAAGACAAAAAAGAUAAAUAAAAUAUAUUAAUUAUGUUGAUAACCAAUUGAUUUCAUACGGUUGAUUCCACCUGUCAUAAACACGAUAUGGGGGAUCGCAUCAGUUUUGGCACAUUCAUUGAAGGUGAUGCACUGCAUUGAUCGACAGAAUAUACAAUUUUCUGACGAAGUUUUUCGAGUUUCCAUGGGUCUCUGGUCUGUAUUGUUCAUCACACUAUUUUUAAGAUCCAUCGGGUGGAAAACAUAAUUUCAGCUUUGCCCUGAAGAAGUGGAAAUAUAUCCGCGAAACGUCGGCAUUACUUGGGUUUAGUUUUUGG